GAGGCUUGCCGUCGCGCUUCAUGCAUCGUAAAUGGCACGGAGAAGGAUUGGUCCCUACCGGGUUCUUGGAUCAAGCGGACUGGUGUUUGUAGAUGAUGUCGAGUAGCGGUGCGGCGCCUGACGUGGUGAGACGUUAACAGAUGGAGCUGGUAUGGAAAAUUGAUAGUGUAUUCGUGCUCGAACUUGGUCCGGACUUGCACGAAGUAAGGCUGGGGUUUGGACCCACGUGCAGCAGAUGGUAGGUGUGAUGGGAGGAGUAGGAAUUCGUUGAGUGGUGCAGGCGGUGCGCUGCGGCAAACGUGAAAGGAAUAUUAUACUGGGACGUAGUAAGACUGUCACCUUGCAGGAUUCGACUGACCUGCCUGCCUUCAAUUCCCAACUGAAAGCUACCUUGGGCGGACUGCCAAGCUUUAAGGACAUUUCCUAAUUCGCUUCAAUGUUGCUAUGAAAUCGGUAUGCUUAAAUUCCGGCCAAUCACCGCAGAAGGCUAACGCUUGCACCGCACCAUUUCGAGGUUGUGACCGCCGGGCUAUGCGCACUCGCCCGCGCGGAGCCAGUCCAGGCCCGGAAUUGCCACCUGAUCGUAAAACGGUAGCCACUAGCAAAGCACCGCGACAUCCUUCCAGCGCAACCAUUCACGCAAGGCAGCAUCCGACGGGCCCAAGUGGCCCUAAGCAAGCGUUCGAUGUAACAACAUCAGGAAGCGGACCCUCUGCCGACGAUAUGGACGAAAUGCCUAAGCCGUCCUUGUUCCAGCGGCUGCGCCGAGGGGAUGGCAUUAAACGGUUGAUGAAGUUCAAGGUCCUCGGCUUGGACCCUUCGCCGGAACUUAUAGCCAUUUCAAUGGUAUACUUCGUUCAGGGCAUCCUGGGUCUCUCCCGAUUAGCCGUGUCGUACUUCUUUAAGGACGAGCUCCACGUGGAGCCCGCAGAGGUCGCCUUCCUAACGGGUCUGUCCAGCAUUCCCUGGAUGAUCAAACCGCUGUACGGCUUCAUCUCGGAUUCCGUACCGCUGUUCGGGUACCGCAGGCGCUCCUACCUGGUGCUGUGCGGGAUCAUGGGCACGCUGGCCUGGGGUUCCCUGUCGUACGGCGUGUACGACAGCCGGGGUGCGGUUGCCGCCAUGCUGCUGGCGUCGCUGGGUACGGCAGCCAGUGACGUGGUGGUGGACAGCAUCGUGGUGGAGCGGGCGAGGGGGCACCACCAGUCAGUGGCCGGCUCGCUCCAGUCGCUGUGUUGGGCCUCAGCUGCGGUGGGCGGCAUCGCAUCGGCCUACUUCAGUGGCUCACUGGUGCAGGAGUACGGCUGUCGCUUCGUGUUUGGACUGACAGCCAUCUUCCCGCUCGUGGUGUGCGCCUCCUCGCUCCUCAUAGAGGAGAAGCCGAUGGGGGGGUCGGGUACCGCCGCCACCACCGCCGCCUCUGCUGUCGUCGGCAUGUCGGGCAGUAACAGCAGCAGUAACCCCCACGACACCAGCGGCAGUAGCAGCAAUAGCAGAUCGCAGCUUGUCGUACAGCGGUUGCGGGCGCAGGGUGCUGCGCUGUGGGGGGCUGUACGGCAGAAGGAUAUCUUGAUGCCCGCAAUCUUUGUAUUCUUGUGGCAGGCCACCCCCUCCGCCGACUCCGCCAUGUUCUACUUCCAGACCACCCAGCUGGGCUUCACGCCCGAGUUCCUGGGGCGGGUGCGGCUGGGUGCAUCGCUGGCCUCGCUGGCGGGUGUGUGGGUGUACAACAGCUGGCUCAAGUCCGUCCCCCUGCGCCGCAUGCUGUGGUGGGCCAUGCUGGUGGGUACCGCGCUGAGCAGCACCCAGCUGGUGCUGGUGUCGCGACUCAACGUGGCGUGGGGCGUGUCGGACCAGCUGUUCGUGCUGGGGGACUCGGUGGUGCUCACGGUACUGGGUCAGGUGUCCUUCAUGCCCAUCCUGGUGCUCGCUGCACGGCUGUGUCCCGCUGGGGUGGAGGCCACCCUGUUCGCCACCCUCAUGUCCGUACUCAACUGCGGCUCCAUCACCGGCGGUGCGCUGGGAGCCGGACUCACCAAGCUGUACGGCGUCACCUCGGACAACUACGACCACCUCUUUGCGCUGGUGGCUACGUGCGUGGCCGCCACCAUGGCGCCCGCGCCUUUCCUGUGGCUGCUGCCGCAUAAGGUGG